ACAACAUGAAAACCAACACAAAUUUAUUAUUUCUUCUAAAGAAAUUAAAAGAUAGGAGUCAUGAUGGAGAGCAACAAGUCUUCCCAAGCCUAUCCAAUGAAGGGUGGAGAUGGUGUUUCUAGCUACACUAACAACUCCUCAUAUCAGAAGUCACUUGCUGAAGUCGUUAUGUCGCUCAUAGGCGAAGCGAUCGCCAAUAAGCUAGACGUCCAAAGCUUCGUGGGUGGACACCCUUUCCUUAUCGCGGACUUGGGUUGCUCUAUAGGCCCUAACACCUUCAUAGCAGUCAAAAACAUAAUAAACUCCGUGCAACUCAAAUACCAAACCCUUAAAAUCACCCCAACACCGGAAUUCCAAGUCUUUUUCAAUGAUCAUGCCUCAAACGACUUCAACACCCUUUUCAAAACCCUUCCUUCCGACAAACAUUAUUAUGCAGCCGGCGUCCCAGGCUCAUUUUAUGCGCGUUUGUUCCCACGAUCAUCGUUUCAUCUCAUCUACUCUUCGUUCGCUCUCCAUUGGCUUUCUAAAGUGCCUGGUGAGGUGAUGGAAAGGGGCUCUCCGGCUUGGAACAAAGGGAGAGUUCAUUAUGGUGGUGCUGAAGAGGAGGUGGUGAUGGCUUAUAAACAACAAUAUGAGAGAGAUAUGCAUGGGUUCUUAAAUGCUCGAGCAGAAGAGGUGGUUUGCGGCGGUUUAGUGGUGGUUCUAGUGCCGGGCCGGCCAAAUGAAGUUCCACAUUCCAAGUGCAUUGGUAAUGUGUUGUUUGAGAUUUUGGGUUGUUGCUUGUUGGAGAUGGCUAAGGAGGGUAAGAUUAAUGAAGAAACGGUAGACCAUCUCAACCUACCCAUCUACUAUGCAUCGCCACAAGAACUAGAGGAAAUAGUUAACAAAAACGGUUACUUUACAAUAGAUAGAAUGGAGGGAUUGCCUCACAUUGCAGAACCUGAGACGAAGCAUGCGGCCACACGUCUAGCAUUGGGUAUACGGGUUGGUGUGGAGGCCAUCUUCAAGGGCCACCUCGAAGAAGAAACCAUAGAUGAGCUGUUCGAUUCCUAUAGCAAGAAACUAGAACAAGUACCCUCUGCAUAUUCAUCCGGUGGAGCAUCCAUAAUGUUUGCGGUAUUUAGAAGAAAUGAUAAAUGUUAUUAAAGAGUGAGAGCUACUUUAAAAGUGUUAUCAAAUCUUUAAGUGUCAUGUUUGAUUAAAUUUCAAGUCUUUAUCAAUCAAAUCAUUUGGUAUUUGAUUUUUAA